AAGGAAGAAAAAGGUAUCAUAUCAGGUUAAUUUAUUGCCUUAAAAAUGCUUAAAUGUAGCUAUUUUAUCUCAGAUGACAAACGUGUAGAAAUAGAACAAAGAAAAAGUAUAUAUCUUUCCUAAAGGAAGCAAGAUGAAAUGAUAUAUUGAAAAUUAAUGUAUAUUAAUUUAUAGAGAACAAGAACAAUUGUAUUAUCAAUUGUUCCCUGACUAAUGAUAAUGUGAAAAAGUCUGGUGUACAGUAUGAAAUUGAGGAAAUAAAAGUAACUUUCUCCCCGGAAUUGCAGUUCACAAUGUACAAGCCAUGUGGUAGCUAUGGCAAUACUGAUGCGAUCAUUAAUAUUAUCUGUGAAGAGAAGACAUUAUAUGAAAGGGGAGUCGGGGAGUCUUGUUCUAAAUCAUCACAGUGUAGACAAGGAACCGGUCAUUUGUCCUGUAAUGCAACUAGUGGAGUCUGCGAAUGUGAAGAAGGCUACAUAAUGAUGUACAAUAAAUGUUUCCAUGGUAACCUGUCGUUAGAUGAUAGUUGUGAUAUAAAUGAGCAAUGCAAUGGAUCUCCUGAAGAUUUAUUUUGUUCACAAAACGGUUCUGGGAAAAUAUGUUCACGUACACUUGUGUCAAAAAUCAGUUCCGUUAACAAUAACGAGAGAAACAAUGAGAAUGUCAGCUUAUUCAUUGGAUCUGGAAUAGGAGGAAUUACUUUAGGUGUUCUUGUAUGUGGAAUUCUGUACAUUAUUCUUAUUUGGAGUAAGAGAAAGGCAGAUCAUAAAAGACAGGUAUAUGAGGCCUCUACACCUAAUUACUAUAACCUUGAAAAGAGAAAUGCUGGUGAAAACACGGAAGAAACAGGAAAACACACAUCUAAGGUAUCAAACGAAAUACAACUUGGUAACCCUUUCUGCGGCCAAGAGAACGUUAAUCAAAACGACAUUUACAACCAUCUCAAUGAAGACAACUCUGUGACAGAUAUCGCAUCAGACUACGACCAUGCAUGCUUUGUUAAUCAGGAAAAAGAUACAUACAAUCAGCUAGGGUUAUACAACACAAAAAGAAAUUAAAGCUUCAUUUGAAUAUGCUGAAAGUAAUUUAUUUUCUCAAUAUGCAUAACUAUCACAUACAUCCAGAAACUACAAAUACAUUUUAGUAGAUUUUUUUGAAUAAUUUAAUGGCGUUUGUCUCAAAUCUGUUUAAUAAGACAUAUCCAAAAGAACGUUAUUCCUGGCUGACAGAAUCUGUGAGCACCAUCGCCAAAGAGCCUAUAGAGAAGUUCUUAAAGCAAUGAAUAAGACAUUUGUAUUUUUUUUUUAGAGAAUCUUAAUUAAUUGUAUACAAAUUAAAGUGAACAGAUUCUAAAUUUGGUAGGAGACAACACUCAGUAUAAGCUCCUACAUGGCUUGUACCAAAAGCUUUACAGUUUACACAAAACGCUUUACACAAAAAAACUGCACGGCUUACAUGAAAGCUGCAGAUAUUGCUUUGUACGUGUUUCUCACACACUUUUGUCUAGAUUUGAAUUUUCUAUUCAGAAUUUUUAAAUUUGAAUUGUUACUAUGUUAACAAAAUAAUUAAGAAUCGCUAAUUUUCAUAAAGCAUUACACAUGUAAGCAUUACACAAGUACUACGUAAACAGAUUGAAAUAUUCAAUGUCCAGUUGUUAUUAUUCGAAUUCACUAUUGCAAUUCUGUAGUAAGUCAGUUAUUGAU